UAGUGUAUUUAUAUAACUCGUUGAACAGAACCACGCGGACGACUUUUGUCUCUCUCUCUUUUUUUAAUGAGGUUUCCCUUAAUCAUUCGUCAGAAGUUGGAUCAAAACAUUUUUUUCCCCGUAAGGGGGAUUUCAGUCACUCGUCUAUUUAUUCAAGUUGUGGAAACUCAACUAGUUGCCGUCAGUUUGUGAACUUGGAUCGCGUCUUUCCGCUUUACACUCGGAUCGGGGUUUCGGGACAGAACGAGGAUGUCGGCGGUGAAAGCGCUGCAACAGUGGUGUAAGAUCCAGGUUCAGGGUUACAGAGAUGUCACUAUCACCAACAUGACAACUUCUUUCAGGGACGGGAUGGCUUUCUGCGCCCUCAUUCACCGAAACAGACCCGACCUCAUUGACUUUGAUUCCCUGAUGAAGGAGAAUGUCUAUGACAACAACCACCUGGCGUUCCGGGUAGCGGAGGAUGAGUUGGGGAUCCCAGCUCUGUUAGAUGCUGAGGACAUGGUGGCCCUGAAGAUACCAGACAGACUCAGUAUUCUGACAUAUGUCUCACAAUACUACAAUUACUUCCAUGGCAAAUCACCGAUUGGCGGCAUGGCAGGGAUAAAGCGUCCAGCGGAGGCAUCCACAGAAGAGGGGCCUUCUGGGAAAAAGAACCAAGCAGUUGUCUCCAAGGUCUUCCCCGCCUCUACCCCCUCUAAAUCCGCUACUGAGAACCGCCCUCCCCCCUCCUCCUCACCUAAAGCCUCCACCAGACCAGACAGGGCAGCACAGAAGGAUGUGUUGUCGGAGCGAUCCAAUAAGACGGGGACUCUGAGCAGUAAGUGUUCCGUGUGUAAUAGACACGUCCAUCUGGUCCAGAGACACCUAGUGGAUGGGAGGCUGUAUCACAGGAGCUGUGCCAGGUGUAGUGAGUGUUCCACCACUCUACUGUCUGGUAACUGUAAACCUGGACCAACACCAGGCUCCUUCAUCUGUACCUCCCACCACCACCCCCAGGGGGCGCUGCCAACACACACCCCUCUCCGAGACCUGCCCAAAAACAACCAUACUACUCCUGCUGAAUCCAAAUACACCCCUCACCCUCCUCCCACUGUCCAGACCACCCCUCUCUCAUACCUGCCCAAAAACAACCCUACUACCACUACCCCUUCUUCCUCCAAAUACACCCCUCACCCUCCUCCCACUGUCCAGACCACCCCUCUCUCAUACCUGCCCAAAAAUAACCCUACGACCCCUUCUUCCUCCAAAAACACCCCUCACCCUCCUCCCACUGUCCAGACCACCCCUCUCUCAUACCUGCCCAAAAACAACCCUACGACCCCUUCCUCCAAAAACACCCCUCACCCUCCUCCCACUGUCCAGACCACCCCUCUCUCAGACCUCUCCAGGAAAUCCCCCGGAGCCAAAUACACAGACCCCCCGAAAUCCACCCCAGCUCCGACGCCCACCAGUACCCCCUCCAAACUUGUCCCUAGCUGGCUGAGCUCCAAAUCAGACGGAUCCAAAAGCACUACCCCCUCUGCCUCCUCCUCGCGGCCCAGCCCGGGGCUCUCCUCCCUGGGCAUAGUGAGCCCCGCAGCCCCUGGACCCACCGCAGUCCCACGGAACUUCAACACGACAACUACCCAGCAGGCCCGGCUCCAGUUCUUCCAAUCUGGGAACAGCACCACUGGGCAGGAGAACCAGGGCAAGACCCAGACUCCGGGACGGGCACCGAGUCUACCCACAAAUAGAGUCCCGAACGCUGGCACACAGGGGACAGUAGUGGGGGUUGGCCAGGGUGUGAGUGUGGUAGUGAGUUUGGGUGGCAGUGGGGUAGGGGGUAAGGGAGAGGGUUGGGGUGGGGGUAAGGGAGAGGGUUGGGGUGGGGGUAAGGGAGAGGGUUGGGGUGGGGGUAAGGGAGGGGAUAAGGGUGUGAAUGUGGUGCUAGGUGGGGACAGGGAUGUGGUUCAGGGUAGAGGUAUAGUUGUCUUCAAGGUGGAUAGUGAUGUGAAAGCCUCUCCAUCUAAAGAAGACUGCAGUACCAAGACCCAGGCUGCUGCUGUCGUCACUAAGAAACUAACAGAGAACAACACCACAACAGCUGGUGCUUCAAGUCCUCCGUGGCAUCCUGUAGGACUGAAGAAGACCGAGAACAGAUCUCCCUCUCUCAGACCUGCCCCUGCCGAAACGCCUAAGAAAGAGACGGAGACUCCUAAAAAGGAGACUGGGGGCAGAGUUAAGCUAAAAGCAGACCCGUCUCUCCUCGCCCCCCUCACCCCCAACACCUCCACCCCGACCCCAGCCAGCAGAACAGGCCCGUGGAACAAAAACCUGGAUAAGGCGUCCGGAGCUGCUUCUCCCAGCAACACUAUGGCAACAGCAGACGACAGCAGCUCUCCUGCUGACUGGCGGUCCAGACUCAAACCUGCCUCCAAGCCUGUAGGACCUAAAGACUCCUCUCCCCUCCACCCUGACAUUCAGAAGGCUGAAACCCUGUCUCGGCCCUGGGCGGUGGAUCAGGAAACGCCCAGGCUUCAGUCCCUGCUGGGUCUACUUGGCCCCCUCCAGCCCCCAGUAGCCUCCUCACCCAGCCCGCUGAACACCGGCCCUGGGACAUGGGGCGGUCUGACAGGGAGGAGCUCAACGACAGCUAACGGCUCCAACACAGACACCAAGACGCCUAAACCAGGCAAACCGGACUACAUCCCGAAGGAAGAGAUCCUCAGAGAGCUUCAGGAGAUAGAGGACAGUGUCAAUGAGCUGGAGAGGAAAGGAGUGGACUUGGAGAAACAACUACGCUCCUGUGAAGAGGAGGGAGAAGAGGAUGUGGUGAUGGAUGACCUGAUGGUGGAAUGGUUCACCCUCAUCAGAAACAAGCAGGUGUCCAUGAGGAGAGAGUCUGAACUGGUCUACAUAGCGAAAACACAGGACUUGGAGGAACAGCAGCCCAGUGUAGAGCAGGAGCUGAGGAGACUCAUGGACAAACCUGAGCGGCUGAAGACGCUGUGGGACCGUCGUAGAGAAGAGGAGUUGAUGGUCAAGCUGGUGGAGAUCGUCAAUGACAGAAACGCCAUCAUAGACGGACUGGACGAUGACAGACUCAGGGAGGAUGAGGAAGAUGAGCAGCUCAAUAAGAUGAUGAAGACCCUAGACACAAAGAAAGAAAAGAAGAAGAAGUCCAGCUUUAAGUUGUUUGGUCGGAACAAGAAGGAGGGAUGAUCUCACGGGGAGGAGGGACACACUGUUACCCUGCUUGAGAUGUGGUUAUCACUGUUACCCUGCUUGAGAUGUGGUUAUCACUGUUACCCUGUUGAGAUGUGGUUAUCACUGUUACCCUGCUUGAGACGUGGUUAUCACUGUUACCCUGCUUGAGACGUGGUUAUCACUGUUACCCUGCUUGAGACGUGGUUAUCACUGUUACCCUGCUUGAGACGUGGUUAUCACUGUUACCCUGCUUGAGACGUGGUUAUCACUGUUACCCUGUUGAGACGUGGUUAUCACUGUUACCCUGCUUGAGAUGUGGUUAUCACUGUUACCCUGCUUGAGACGUGGUUAUCACUGUUACCCUGCUUGAGACGUGGUUAUCACUGUUACCCUGCUUGAGAUGUGGUUAUCACUGUUACCCUGCUUGAGAUGUGGUUAUCACUGUUACCCUGCUUGAGACGUGGUUAUCACUGUUACCCUGCUUGAGAUGUGGUUAUCACUGUUACCCUGCUUGAGAUGUGGUUAUCACUGUUACCCUGCUUGAGAUGUGGUUAUCACUGUUACCCUGCUUGAGAUGUGGUUAUCACUGUUACCCUGCUUGAGAUGUGGUUAUCACUGUUACCCUGCUUGAGAUGUGGUUAUCACUGUUACCAUGUUGAGAUGUGGUUAUCACUGUUACCAUGUUGAGAUGUGGUUAUCACUGUUACCCUGCUUGAGACGUGGUUAUCACUGUUACCCUGCUUGAGACGUGGUUAUCACUGUUACCAUGUUGAGAUGUGGUUAUCACUGUUACCCUGCUUGAGAUGUGGUUAUCACUGUUACCCUGCUUGAGACGUGGUUAUCACUGUUACCCUGCUUGAGACGUGGUUAUCACUGUUACCCUGUUGAGACGUGGUUAUCACUGUUACCAUGUUGAGAUGUGGUUAUCACUGUUACCAUGUUGAGAUGUGGUUAUCACUGUUACCCUGCUUGAGACGUGGUUAUCACUGUUACCCUGCUUGAGAUGUGGUUAUCACUGUUACCCUGCUUGAGACGUGGUUAUCACUGUUACCAUGUUGAGAUGUGGUUAUCACUGUUACCCUGCUUGAGAUGUGGUUAUCACUGUUACCCUGCUUGAGAUGUGGUUAUCACUGUUACCCUGCUUGAGACGUGGUUAUCACUGUUACCCUGCUUGAGAUGUGGUUAUCACUGUUACCCUGCUUGAGAUGUGGUUAUCACUGUUACCCUGCUUGAGACGUGGUUAUCACUGUUACCAUGUUGAGAUGUGGUUAUCACUGUUACCCUGCUUGAGAUGUGGUUAUCACUGUUACCCUGCUUGAGACGUGGUUAUCACUGUUACCAUGUUGAGAUGUGGUUAUCACUGUUACCCUGCUUGAGAUGUGGUUAUCACUGUUACCCUGCUUGAGACGUGGUUAUCACUGUUACCAUGUUGAGAUGUGGCUAUCACUGUUACCAUGUUGAGAUGUGGUUAUCACUGUUACCCUGCUUGAGACGUGGUUAUCACUGUUACCCUGCUUGAGACGUGGUUAUCACUGUUACCCUGCUUGAGAUGUGGUUAUCACUGUUACCCUGCUGAGAUGUGGUUAUCACUGUUACCCUGCUUGAGACGUGGUUAUCACUGUUACCCUGCUUGAGAUGUGGUUAUCACUGUUACCCUGCUUGAGAUGUGGUUAUCACUGUUACCCUGCUUGAGACGUGGUUAUCACUGUUACCAUGUUGAGAUGUGGUUAUCACUGUUACCAUGUUGAGACGUGGUUAUCACUGUUACCCUGCUUGAGACGUGGUUAUCACUGUUACCCUGCUUGAGAUGUGGUUAUCACUGUUACCCUGUUGAGAUGUGGUUAUCACUGUUACCCUGCUUGAGACGUGGUUAUCACUGUUACCCUGCUUGAGAUGUGGUUAUCACUGUCAUCAUAGUUGAUGUAUUUAAGUCUGUUAGGUGUCUGGUUCAUGUCUGUAAUACCCUCCUGGCAUGCGGGCGACCCCUCAUUGUCAUCCAUGUCAUCACACUGUCCUCUGUGUCAAGCUGAUACCCAGUAUAACACUACACCCAGCACAUCCACACGGUGUCUGUCUGUAUGUUGUGUGUGUGUGUGUGUGGUUAGUUAAUCUGUAUGAUGGGGAUUAUGUAGGGAUUAGAAGAUAUAAAAGGAACUACGGCCUUACUGCCUAGUAAUGACUCACUGCUAAUGGCUGACAUCACUCAACCGUGUGUCUGUCUGUAAGUAAUGACUCACUGCUAAACAUCACUCAACCGUGUGUCUGGCUGUAAGUAAUGACUCACUGCUAAACAUCACUCAACCGUGUGUCUGUCUGUAAGUAAUGACUCACUGCUAAACAUCACUCAACCGUGUGUCUGGCUGUAAGUAAUGACUCACUGCUAAUGGCUGACAUCACUCAACCGUGUGUCUGCCUGUCUAAGUAAUGACUCACUGCUAAACAUCACUCAACCGUGUGUCUGGCUGUAAGUAAUGACUCACUGCUAAACAUCACUCAACCGUGUGUCUGUCUGUAAGUAAUGACUCACUGCUAAACAUCA